CGGAAAUAGAGGAAGUAGUAGAAGAAGAAGAAGUAGCUAUCCUCCGCUAGCUAGUUAGCUACUGCUGGGAAGUAGCGAAAGCAUUUUCAGGAUAUUUACAAAAUGAGUUAUACAGAGAAGCCAGAGGACAUUACAAGGGAAGAGUGGAUGGAAAAACUCAACAAUGUCCAUAUUCAGAGAGCCGAUAUGAACAGGCUAAUUAUGAACUAUCUGGUGACAGAGGGCUUCAAGGAGGCAGCUGAGAAGUUCAGGAUGGAGUCUGGAAUAGAGCCUAGUGUGGACUUGGAUUCCCUAGAUGAAAGAAUUAAGAUCAGAGAGAUGAUCCUGAAGGGACAGAUCCAGGACGCCAUUGCACUGAUUAACAGCCUGCACCCAGAACUGCUGGAUACUAACCGUUACCUCUACUUUCACCUACAGCAGCAGCAUCUGAUUGAGCUGAUUCGUUUAAGGGAGACUGAAGCUGCCCUGGAAUUUGCCCAGUCUCAGUUAGCAGAGCAGGGGGAGGAGAGCCGAGAAUGUCUGACUGAGAUGGAAAGGACACUGGCCCUGCUUGCUUUUGACAACCCUGAAGAGUCACCUUUUGGAGAUCUGCUCAAUAUGAUGCAGAGGCAAAAGGUAUGGAGUGAAGUGAAUCAGUGUGUGCUAGACUACGAAAACAGAGAGUCAACUCCCAAGCUGGCCAAGCUCCUGAAGCUACUGCUGUGGGCUCAAAAUGAACUUGACCAAAAGAAAGUGAAGUAUCCCAAAAUGACAGACCUCAGCAAGGGAACCAUCGAGGACCCCAAAUAAGGACCCACAGUGAAAACAUACCACAGCAUUACAAAAUGGACAUAUUUCCUUUAUCUAUUUAUACCCCAACAAACUGGCUCAUAUAGAGUACAACCUUUUCUUUUUUGUAAGGGUUGCUUUUUGAUACUUUAAUAACUUAGAAUGUGCAAACUGGAUUGAUGGCAUUUUAAAAUGAAUAUUCACACUAAAGUAACAUGCAGACAGUUAUUUUACUUGGUAUUAUAAUUUACUAUUUGUUUAUGUAAAAUAGUAUAUUUGAGUUAUACUAGUUUUUCUGUCUGUUGGCAGGGAAAGUUGUUGGCAUAGAAGGGUGUGGAUAAAGCCUAAAUUAGGCUGUCACUCUCUUGUGUGUGACCAGUUUGAUGUCCAGGGAUGGCUUGGUGUGCACUGCCUCAAAUAAAUGCAAACUUUUUCUCACACAUUUCAGCUUGUAGAUUUUAGCCAGUCCUCUAUGUGACGGCAAUAGCCAAAGCAAGAUACAUGGAAUCUUUUAAAGUAUUGUGACUUUGAAAGUUGAAUUUAGCUUAAGAUUCGUACUUCAUCAUUGCUUGAGACACUAUAAAAAGAUGCAAAUGUAGACAAUAACAAAGAAAAGAGAAACAUUUGAGCUAUACAUCUAGGCAGCAAAUAAGUGGGAUAAGGCAAGAUUCCGGAAAUGCUAAAAACUGUCCAGCAUACUGUGACUGCAAGCUUAAAGGCAUCCUCAGUUUCAUAUCGUUACAAAAUAUCACUGAUAUAAAAAAUGUGAAUGAAUAAAUCUAUGUCCGCAGACAUGGAGACACUUUUACAGACCGAUUAUCUACAUGUAUGGAAUAAGUAGCUAUUUUGCAAAAAUUUGAUGUGCUUUUUUUUGUUUUGCUGGAAUAUUAUUUUGCAAUAAAAGUGACUUUUAAACUGCACAA